CCGGUGCAGGGCGAUGCUGGGGGCCUGGGCGCUGCGCUGGAGUCUCCCUGCACGGCGCGCCCCGAAACGGGGCAAGGCCCCAGCCGGCCCGAGUCCCUCUGUGCGGUCGCCGCGUGGGGAGCUUAGCGAGUCGCAGCCUGGCGGCAGCCGGACUCCAGCCACAGCUGGACAAGUUUGGCGGGAGUCUGUCAAGCAAUGGAGAGCAGAAGGCAGAAUAGCAGUCUGGCUGCACGUUCCUAUCCUUCAAAGUAAAUUUAUAGCCACUGCUGCUUUGGAGGGCUUUACUUUCCACCAUGCAGAAUCAGACUCAUCCACACUGACCCUAUGGCUAGGAGAAGGGCACAGCAGGUUACCAGGAUAUGCCACACAUCAGUUAGGAGUGGCAGACUACAAAUGCAUGGAAAUUCCAGGAGGCCUGUCAGACCCAGGUGAAGACAUUGGAAACACAGCAGUUCGAGAGGUUUUUGAAGAGACUGGCAUUAAGUCAGAGUUCAAGUCCCUCUUAAGCAUAAGGCAGCAACAUAGGCACCCCGGAGCCUUUGGGAUAUCAGAUAUGUAUAUCAUCUGUCGCCUGCAGCCUUCCUCAUUCAACAUCAGCUUCUGCCAGCAGGAAUGCUUGAGGUGCGAAUGGAUGGAUCUUGAGGAACUUGCCAAGACUAAAGACACUACUCCCAUCACCAGCAAUGUAGCUAAACUGCUACUUUAUGGAUACAGAGAAGGGUUUGAUAAGAUUGAUAUAACCAUGAGAGAAUUUCCAGCUGUUUACACAGGCCUAUUUUAUAAGCUGUACCAUAGGGAGCUGCCAGAUACUUAUAAAACAUGACAGAAUUCUAAUAAGCUUCACAUUUCAUUAAAUUCAUAAUUUAGAAUUGGAUUGUUUUAAAUUGUGGGCUUACUUGUACCAUAUUAAAAAUAUUCCUGGA